AUGACGCUUAACCGGCUUCGCAUGGUGGGUUUACAAGUAUGUCGUUUAAGACUUGUUUACCCAUCAGUUUCUUCUGCGAUACUCCGGUCAAAUAGUUGCAGUGCUACAACUUCAAUUGAUGAUAAAUUGACCGCAGUACAUCCUGGAUUACAAAAAUUGUCUAAAAUGAAAGCUGAAGAUUUGCAUCAUAUCAAUCCUGGUCCUCCCAAUACUUAUGAUGAUGUGCCUAUUCCUUUCAAAAAAGUUGAAGAAGCAAAGAAGGAUUUCCAAUCUACUUUUAAUUUGUAUUUUUAUGGAUCUAUCGUGUUGUUUGCUAUAACUUCUUAUUGGAGAGAAAUAAUAUCAUCAAUAUGGGUUUUGUCGAUUGUACGACUUCAGGUAUUUGUCGUUGAAGACUUUUGGCCGUACGAUUCACGAAUGCCAGUGAAAUCAUACCGGGAACGACAUAAGAAUAAGAAGCCUCCUCAGUUUUCAGGUGACGGUGGUUCGAAUGAAGGUAGAAAUAUAGCUAGUGCAGCAGCAGCUGGAGGAGCGUUAGCUAUUGAUGGCAUCGAAAAGGUCAAGACAUCUGGUACAUUCGUCAUUGUAUUAACUGGCUGCAUGAUCUUAUUAGUAUUAUUCUUGUUGCCUAAUGUGUCCUGGACAGUCGAGUCAAGAGAUAAUCACGAUCCUCAGAAGGACGUAAGAGUUGAACCAUCUGGUUCCGUAUUCAAGAAGGGAGCAGUAUUUGCGGAUGAUGGAGGAUCUCUUGAAUCAGUAGGAAAGAGUGAAGUUGAAGCAGUUAAAGUGGCAGUGGACCCGAAUAAACUGCCAGAAGAAAUACCUUACCUUUUGAUAGGUUCUGGUACUGCUUCAUAUUAUGCGGCAUUGGCGAUCAGAGCUCGAGAUGCUAAUGCUAAGGUUUUGAUGAUAGGUGACGAGAAACAUCUUCCAUACAAUCGACCUGCUCUUUCCAAAGAAUUGUGGUGGUUUGGAGAUGAUGAAGUAGCAAAAACAUUGGAAUAUAGGGGUUAUAGUGGUAAGAAACGAGAUGUGUUUUAUGAGGCUCCGGGAUUUUUCUUAACUCCAAGUGAGCUUGAUUCAGCUGAGCACGGUGGUAUAUCACUAGUCAGUGGUCACCGAGUGGUUAAGCUUGAUUUAGAGAAGCAAACAGCGUAUCUGGAUGAUGGACGUUCGCUUAAAUAUCAAAAAUGUCUCAUUGCAACAGGAGGAAGACCUAAAUCAUUGCCAAUAAUUGAUAAAGCAGAGGAAGAAGUCAAGAAGAGAGUAAUGUUGUUUAGAACGAUUGAUGAUUUCCGUAAAUUAGAAGAAAUCGCUCGAAAUAGUAAGUCCAUAACAAUUAUUGGCGGUAGUUUAUUGGGUUCGGAGUUGGCAAAUUCGUUGAGUCUACGGUACGGAAAAAAGGGAUUGCAAAUUAAUCAAAUAUUUCGAGAAAAAGGCAAUGUUGCCGAAAUUUUACCAGAGCAUCUAAGUAAAUACGCAACAAGUGAACUUCGUAAAACUGGUAUUAGAGUUAUGCCUGAAAAAGAAAUCAAGCGCAUUGGAGUUGGUGAAAAUGGCAGUCUUCGUUUGCAGCUGGUAACAGGAGAAAUUAUCAAUACUGACUACAUAAUAACAGCAACAGGGAUAUCUCCAAAUACUGAUUUGGCAAACACAUGUGGAUUAGAAAUUGACCCGGUUAAUGGUGGUUACGUCGUUGAUGCAGAGCUACGUGCUCGAUCAAAUGUUUGGGUUGCGGGUGAUGCAAGCAGUUUUUAUGAUGUUAAACUUGGUCGAAGACGUGUGGAGCAUUCAGAACAUGCACAAAUAACUGGACGUCUUGCUGGUGAAAACAUGACUGGAGCGAGUAGGCCAUAUUGGCAUCAGUCUUCAUAUUAUUCAAUUCUUGCGCCAAAUAUACAUUUUGAAGCAGUUGGUAGAGUUGACUCAGAUUUAAGAACAGUGUCAGUUUUGGCAGCAGAUAAGAAAGGACAGUAUGAAAGUAGUAGAGGAGUUAUCUUCUACCUGGAGGAUAAUGUAAUCGUUGGUGUCUUAUUGCUCAAUGUACCUGGUCAAGGUAUUGAAAUUGCACGACGACUAAUUGCAGAUAGACGUGAGCAUAAAGAUCUUAAAGAAACUGCAAAAUUAUUCGAUUUACACAAACUUCAAGUGGAUAAGGACGAUAAGCUAUUGCCUUAA